AAGACAACUACGCUCUUUAACCACGUUCACUAUCCUCUUUGAUCCAAGCCAACAUCUUUGUCAGCCACAGUCAACUUCCAACAUGCGUUUCUCCGUUCUCCCCGUCAUGACUCUUUUCUUGGGUCUGUCCAUGGCCGACAUGCACGACUACUGCGCAUGUCAGUAUAAAACCAACUCAGCCGUCGACUAUGCCGCCACUGAUUUGUUGGCCGGUGACCGCAGAAAUAGCUACACCUAUGGUCAAAACUCAGGACAGUUCUGGAUUGGUCGGUCGUCUGGUUCGGGGCCGAGGUUCCAAGGGCGGUUUCUCAAGGCGAUCAGUGGCCAGAUUGAUGGAAAUGAGUUCUACAACAACUGCAAGAGAUAUGCUGCGAACGAUGCGACCUGCUUCGAUUGCGACUUCAGAUUCGAGUACCCUGAUGGAUCUACCCUGUGCCGAUAGUUGCUCG